CCGUGGUGCCUUGGCCCAGAGCAGACGGUGCGGGGCUUCUGCUGGGGCCGAGACCGCUGCAUGUCUAACAUUUAGACAUGUUCAGCUUGACGAAUUCAAGGACUCUUGUCAUUCUCACGGUCACCCACGUCCUUUUAUUAGCAGUUGUCAGAUGCCAGGAGGAGGAUAUCCAGGAGGCAGGGAGCUGUGUGCAGGAUGGGCAGAGGUAUAGCGAUAAGGAUGUGUGGAAGCCCGAGCCGUGCCGGAUCUGUGUGUGUGACACGGGCACGAUCUUGUGUGACGACAUAAUCUGCGAAGAGAUGAGAGACUGUCCCAGCCCCGAGAUCCCCUUCGGAGAAUGCUGUCCUGUCUGCCCCACUGACCAGCCUGCCGCCAGCGGGCAACCUGGCCCCAAGGGACAAAAAGGUGAACCCGGGGAUAUUAAAGAUGUGGUAGGACCACGAGGGCCCCCCGGACCACAGGGACCUUCAGGCGAACAAGGACAACGAGGAGAUCGCGGCGAGAAGGGAGAAAAGGGUGCUCCUGGCCCCCGGGGUAGAGAUGGCGAACCUGGUACACCUGGAAACCCUGGACCCCCUGGACCUCCAGGUCCCCCAGGACCCCCUGGCCUUGGUGGAAACUUUGCUGCUCAGAUGGCUGGAGGUUUUGAUGAGAAGGCUGGCGGUGCUCAGAUGGGAGUGAUGCAGGGCCCGAUGGGACCCAUGGGCCCGCGGGGACCCCCUGGACCUCCCGGAUCACCUGGCCCGCAAGGCUUUCAAGGCAACCCCGGGGAACCUGGAGAAUCUGGCGCUUCUGGCCCAAUGGGUCCCCGAGGACCACCCGGACCCCCUGGGAAACCCGGUGAUGACGGUGAAUCAGGCAAGCCUGGCAAAUCUGGAGAGCGUGGAACCCCCGGCCCCCAGGGUGCUCGAGGCUUCCCCGGGACCCCCGGCCUGCCUGGAGUCAAAGGGCACAGGGGCUACCCUGGCUUGGAUGGAGCCAAGGGAGAAGCAGGGGCCCCCGGCGCCAAGGGUGAAACAGGAUCAGCUGGUGAGAACGGCUCCCCCGGUCCCAUGGGUCCCCGCGGCCUGCCCGGCGAGAGAGGACGUCCCGGCCCCUCCGGCGCUGCUGGUGCUCGUGGCAACGACGGCCUCCCCGGCCCCGCCGGCCCCCCUGGACCUGUCGGCCCAUCUGGAGGUCCAGGUUUCCCAGGCGCCCCCGGCUCUAAGGGUGAAGCUGGCCCCACUGGUGCUCGUGGUCCCGAGGGUGGCCAGGGCCCCCGGGGAGAAUCUGGCACCCCCGGCUCUCCUGGACCUUCUGGAGCCCCCGGGAACCCUGGGACCGACGGCAUCCCCGGAGCGAAAGGAUCGGCUGGCGCUCCCGGGAUCGCUGGUGCCCCUGGCUUCCCUGGACCCCGCGGGCCUCCCGGGCCUCAAGGAGCUACAGGACCUCUGGGUCCCAAAGGUCAGACGGGUGAACCUGGCAUCGCGGGCUUCAAGGGCGAACACGGCCCCAAAGGCGAAACGGGCCCCGCGGGACCCCAGGGAGCUCCCGGCCCAGCUGGCGAGGAAGGCAAGAGAGGUGCCCGCGGUGAACCGGGUGCUGCUGGACCCCACGGGCCACCUGGAGAGAGAGGUGCCCCUGGAAACCGUGGUUUCCCCGGUCAGGAUGGUCUCGCUGGACCCAAGGGUGCCCCAGGCGAGCGCGGCCCCGCCGGCCUGGCCGGACCCAAGGGAGCUAAUGGUGACCCUGGCCGUCCCGGAGAGCCUGGCCUGCCCGGCGCCAGGGGUCUCACUGGCCGUCCUGGUGAUGCUGGUCCUCAAGGCAAAGUUGGCCCCACGGGUGCCCCUGGCGAGGACGGCCGGCCUGGCCCCCCUGGCCCACAGGGUGCCCGUGGGCAACCUGGCGUGAUGGGCUUCCCUGGCCCCAAAGGUGCUAAUGGCGAGGCUGGCAAAGCUGGCGAGAAGGGGCUGCCUGGUGCCCCCGGCCUGAGGGGUCUGCCUGGAAAGGACGGUGAGACAGGAGCCUCCGGUCCCCCUGGACCUGCCGGGCCUGCAGGAGAGAGAGGCGAGCAAGGUGCUCCCGGGCCCUCCGGCUUCCAGGGACUGCCCGGCCCCCCAGGCCCUCCCGGCGAAGGCGGCAAGCCCGGUGAUCAGGGUGUCCCCGGAGAAGCUGGUACCCCCGGCCUGGUCGGCCCCAGAGGUGAACGCGGCUUCCCAGGAGAACGGGGCUCCCCAGGCUCUCAAGGUCUGCAGGGCCCUCGUGGGCUCCCAGGCACGCCCGGCACGGAUGGGCCCAAGGGUGCAACCGGUCCAGGUGGCCCACAAGGCGCCCAGGGCCCACCUGGCCUGCAGGGGAUGCCUGGAGAGAGAGGAGCAGCUGGCAUCUCUGGACCAAAGGGAGACAGGGGAGACAUCGGUGAGAAAGGCCCUGAAGGUGCCCCCGGCAAAGACGGCUCACGAGGUCUGACAGGUCCCAUCGGUCCCCCCGGCCCUUCAGGUUCCAACGGCGAGAAGGGCGAGUCGGGUCCCCCCGGCCCCUCCGGUGCUGCAGGUGCCCGCGGUGCCCCGGGUGAGCGUGGUGAGCCCGGUGCUCCUGGCCCUGCUGGAUUCGCUGGACCCCCUGGUGCCGAUGGCCAGCCCGGCGCAAAGGGUGAGCAAGGAGAAUCCGGUCAGAAGGGUGACGCCGGUGCCCCAGGUCCACAGGGUCCAUCUGGUGCUCCUGGCCCACAGGGUCCAACUGGUGUGACUGGUCCUAAAGGAGGUCGCGGUGCCCAGGGCCCCCCUGGAGCCACUGGAUUUCCCGGGGCUGCCGGACGAGUUGGACCGCCCGGCCCGAACGGUAACCCAGGCCCCCCUGGCCCGCCUGGCGCUUCUGGCAAAGAUGGUCCCAAGGGUGCCCGUGGUGAUGCAGGUCCAUCUGGUCGUGCUGGCGACCCUGGUCUCCAAGGUCCUGCUGGUCCCCCCGGCGAGAAGGGCGAGUCCGGUGAUGACGGUGCUCCUGGUCCCGAUGGUCCCCCCGGUCCUCAAGGCUUGGCAGGGCAGCGAGGUAUUGUGGGUCUUCCUGGCCAGCGUGGUGAGAGAGGUUUCCCCGGCCUGCCUGGGCCUUCGGGUGAGCCCGGUAAACAAGGAGCUCCUGGAUCUUCCGGUGACCGAGGUCCACCUGGUCCCGUGGGUCCCCCUGGUCUGACCGGUCCCCCUGGUGAAACUGGACGUGAGGGCAGCCCUGGAUCUGAUGGUCCCCCAGGCCGAGACGGUGCAGCUGGAGUGAAGGGUGAUCGUGGUGAAACAGGUGCCAUUGGCGGUCCUGGUGCUCCUGGCGCUCCUGGUGCUCCAGGUCCCGUCGGUCCAACUGGCAAACAAGGAGACAGAGGAGAAGCAGGUGCUCAAGGUCCUAUGGGCCCCUCUGGUCCCGCUGGCGCCCGGGGCAUGCCGGGUCCUCAAGGUCCUCGCGGUGACAAGGGUGAAGCCGGAGAGGCUGGUGAAAGAGGGCUGAAGGGUCACCGCGGCUUCACCGGCCUGCAGGGCCUGCCUGGACCCCCUGGUCCUUCUGGAGACCAAGGUGCUACUGGCCCCGGCGGCCCUGCUGGGCCCAGGGGUCCUGCCGGCCCUGUCGGCCCCUCUGGCAAAGACGGCUCCAAUGGCAUGCCCGGCCCCAUUGGUCCUCCCGGCCCUCGCGGGCGUAGCGGCGAACCCGGUCCUGCUGGUCCUCCUGGAAACCCUGGCCCCCCUGGCCCUCCUGGCCCCCCGGGCACCGGUAUCGACAUGUCAGCCUUCGCCGGCCUGGGCCAGACCGAGAAGGGCCCCGACCCCAUCCGGUACAUGCGCGCGGACCAGGCCUCGACUGGUCUGCGGCAGCACGACGCUGAGGUGGAUGCCACGCUGAAGGCCCUCAACAACCAGAUCGAGAGCAUCCGCAGCCCCGAGGGCUCCAAGAAGAACCCGGCCCGCACCUGCCGUGACCUCAAGCUCUGCCACCCUGACUGGCAGAGCGGUGACUACUGGAUUGACCCGAACCAGGGCUGCACCUUGGACGCCAUUAAAGUCUUCUGUAACAUGGACACUGGUGAGACCUGCGUCUACCCCAACCCUGCCAGCAUCCCCCAGAAGAACUGGUGGACCAGCAAGACCAAGGAGAAGAAACACAUCUGGUUUGGAGAGACCAUCAAUGGGGGCUUCCACUUCGGCUAUGGUGACGACAACCUGGCUCCCAACACGGCCAACAUCCAGAUGACCUUCCUGCGGCUCCUGUCCACUGAAGGCUCCCAGAACAUCACCUACCACUGCAAGAACAGCAUCGCCUACAUGGACGAGGCCUCCGGCAACCUGAAGAAAGCCAUCCUGAUCCAGGGCUCCAACGACGUCGAGAUCCGGGCAGAGGGCAACAGCAGGUUCACGUACAGUGCCUUGGAGGACGGCUGCACGAAACACACUGGCAAAUGGGGCAAGACAGUCAUCGAAUACCGAUCACAGAAGACCUCGCGCCUGCCCAUCGUUGACAUUGCUCCUAUGGACAUUGGUGGAGCCAAUCAGGAAUUUGGUGUUGACAUCGGUCCAGUCUGCUUCUUGUAAAAAAAAAAAAGAGAGGAAAAGAAUCGGUGUGUUUUUUUUUUAAAUCCAGUCCAAUACCAUAAAGCAGCCCCCCCAAGGACCUGAGUACUUUCCAAUCACUUGUACGACUUCUGCACUGAGUGGCUGAAACAACCCCCAACUCCCAUCCAUCCACACACUUGCACGUUGGGCAGACUGCAGAAUAAAACCAUGGUGUUAUUUAUUUAUUGUCUUCCUGGAAGACCUAUUGUUUAGGUCAGGUGGAGAUGGGAAUCUAACUGGCAGGUAUGAAGGCCCCUUCCCACAAAACGGACAUCCCAAGUAAGAUACAGGUAUAAAUAAUCCCGCUCCCCUCCCCUCCCUUCCCCGUGUAUAUCUCAGCAGGAGUACUAUAUAUAAUACAACAACAACAAAAAUGGUGCUAUUCUUGUAAAACACGUCUGUAUUUUUUAACAUCAAUUGAUAUAUAAAAAAAAAAAAAAACUUUGUUGGAAAGUACAAGUCGAUCUGAGCUUUGUUUUAUUUUUUUGUCUUGGCCUUUGUCUUCCUUCUCCAUUUGAGAACUUGUUAUUUGACUGCUUUCCCUCCCCCCAUGACUAAAAUAAAGGAAGUUUUAGGGUCAAAUCUCAAGCUUUCCUGGUUUUAAGCUACCUCACACUAAAAAAAAAAAAAAAAAAA